ACUGCUACCGCGGGCUGCGAGAGCCGGAAGAUGGCCGCGCCCUGUGCUCGGUACCCGCAGUGAGGCAGUCUUUUGGUACAAAGAAGCGCGGAAUGUCACUCUUCGGAGCUCAGGUGCUCGGGCACAUGUCGUGAGGCCGGAGCAGCUAGGGCCAGGCCGCCUCGGGACAUCCUGGAGCCUUUGGAAAGGUGGGUUACUCUGGCGUCUGAAGAGACAGCCCCCGAGCCCAGGCAGGCUAUGAAGAGCGACUCUUCGGCCUCUGCAGCCCCCCUCAAAGGACUCGGGGGGCUCCUGCGGAGCAGCGAGCCCGUGCGCUCCGGCCCGGCCUGUUCUCUCGCCGUGGAUCUGCUGGAGGAGGCAGCAGACUUCCUAGUGGUGCACCUGGACUUCCGGGCGGCGCUGGCGACCUGCGAACGCGCGUGGCUGAGCCUGGCCAGCGAAGGUCUGGCUGAGGAGCCCGCCGGCACCUCCUUGGAGGUGAAAUGCUCCCUGUGUGUUGUGGGGAUCCAGGCGCUGGCAGAAAUGGACCGGUGGCAGGAAGUCCUCUCCUGGGUCCUUCAGUACUACAAGGUCCCUGAAAAGCUACCUCCCAAAGUCCUGGAGCUGUGCAUUCUGUUAUACAGCAAGAUGAAAGAGCCUGGAGCCAUGCUGGAUGUGGUCAGUGCCUGGCUCCAAGACCCUGGUAAUCAGGACCUUCCAGAAUAUGGAGCCUUGGCAGAACUUCACCUGCAGCGGGUGCUGCUGCCUCUGGGCCACUUGUUGGAGGCUGAGGAGCUAGUGACUGGUUCUAUAGCCUUUGAUGAGGAGCAGCGGCUGGGUGGACUCCACGCCAUUCAUUCAGCGAGGCUGCGGCAGACACAGGAACACUCAGGCUCUCAGCAGACCCAGGAGCUAAACCAGGAAGGCUCUCUCUCCCACAAGUUCCAGUCACUACUGAUGUUGCUUCACCAGCUUUGGGACUCUGCAGUGAGUUACUUCUUUUGCCUGCCCUUCAAAAAGAGCCUCCUGGUUGCCUUGAUCCUCUGUCUCUUGGUGGUGAGGUUUGAUCCAGCUUCUCCUUCUUCCCUGCCCUUCCUCUACAAGCUGGCUCAGUUCUUCCAUUGGAUCCGGAAGGCCAGGUUUUCUCGCCUCUACCAGCUUCCCAUCCAUGACUGACUGGUCUUCCCCAUUGACCUUCACCCCUCUGUUCCACAUCUGCCACAACCAAAGCAGAGUUAGCAGUCCUCGAUGGCCUGUUCCCUGUUGCCAGCUGAGUACCACCUAAUUCUAGAAAAAGCUGAGCUACAGGUGACUGUCUUGGUGUCUGAGAGCCCUCCCUUUUGUACCCCACCCUGGCUGGCCUUGGUCCUGACCACUGGGAACAGAGGGAACACAACUCCUCAGGAAUAGCAUCUCCUGUGACCCAAAAGCCCUUCAUAAAGGAGGUGUUUGGGAACAGGAAGAGUGCCCAUGAAACAGUCCAUCCUGGCAAAGGCAGGGUGCUAUUCAGAGCGUUAAUGGGGCUGGAAGUUCAGAAAAACCCUAAUGGAAUGACCUUAGUUUUUUUUUUUUUUUUACUUCCUAGAAAAACUUAUUGUUGAAAUUGCUCCACUGGGCAGAAUCUUAUAAUCCAGAGUGAGAUCUGAGAGACCCUCUUUCUUCUCUCCUAUGUUCCUGUCCACAGAUAGGGCAUAAUUGUGUAUCAGUACACAGUUCGAUGUUCCUGCAGUAGGUUUGAAGCUGCUUGAGCCCUCUUACUGUUCUGACAGGGCACGACUUUUAGAGUCACCCAGGUGACUAUUAAAAGCAAAGUGAGCCUGCUCAGUGCUUAUCACUGGGUAAAGUGAUCUUGCUUGGUCCCUUUUGGUCUUCAUCUUGGUUUUCCAGAUUGUUAGUGGCCAUUACACUCGGUGUCUCUGCGCACUCUUUCCCUAUUGUCAGCCCCUUCCUUCUCCCCUGUGAACUUUGUCCCAUGACUGUUUCACCAGGUUCUGCCUGUAUCCUUGCUUCCAUGGUACACACCAUGGCAGGUUCCCCCUUUCUAUGUCCUGUUAUACUAGUUAUGCUCUAUUAUUUGUAUAAUGUCCAAGUUUUUCUGCUCAUGUGGCCUUGAAAAGUAGGCCAGCCCUGAGAAUGAUGAGCUGAAAAUGGAACUGGGUAAUCAGGUGAUCUUGAAGGCAUGGGUGGAGUUGGGCAGAGAAGGCUCAUGGGUUUUAAAAGCAGUGAGCAACAAAACCUUAAGGGAGGAGGCAUGAGAGCUUUAGCACUUGAGGAGUUGAAAUGGUUAGUGUUUUUCUCACAGAAUCUUACAUGUUUCUGUGUAAGUAAAUGCAGAGCACUGCUGUGCUGUCAGGAUGGGAAAAGGCUUCCAGCAGGGCCAGGCCUUUCCGUAGUUGAAGGCCAACCAAGUUCCCCCAUGCCGGGACCCUAGUCAGUGUUGAUGCCAAAAAUAUAGGAGGUGUUUACUAGCUUUUCUGAAAAGUUGGUUGAUUUUCUGGAUUUGUAAGCCAACAGAUUUUCUUUAGAAAAAGUAAAGUCCACAGACCCUUAGGAUUAAAUAUAAAUCCCUGGGGUGUGGCCCACUCUGUAAGAAACAAGUUUAUACUUUUUUAUGUGGGCUUAUAAAUAGAGUUUAGAAGACUGUGGGAGAGAAAGGGAGCUGAGUAAGGUUUGAGAUCCCUCUUUUGCAAGGCAUCUUAAAAUGAAAAUCUGGUCUCUUUCACUACCCUAGUUAAAACUCUAAUGGCGUCCCAUGCCCAUUCAGCUUCUUCAUGGAAUUUAAGGUCCCUGCCACUGGUUUUGGCUAACAGCUACUAUUGGAUGUGAGACCUCUGUUCCUAUAUACACCACCUGCUGGCUUCCUACCCAGUCAGUUUUCUGAGCAUGUAGUAACAUGCUCCCUCAGGCCUCUGUACCUUUAGCUCAUGCUAUUCCUUCCUGCUGGUAUUCCCAGAACUUGUUAUUUGCCUGGGUAGCUCCUUAGCCUUCCAGACUUACUCAAGGAUUACCUCUUGGGAAUACUUUCUGGACCUCCUUGCUUCUAGGCCCCUAUUUCUUACCUUUCUGCGGUAGUGACCUUCUGAUCAUGGAAUCCUUUGUUGCUUCCAGUAACUGAACUCCUUGAGGCUAAGGAGUGUGGCUUGUGGUAGUAUUUGGGAGUCAGGCUCAGGUCUCUGCUCUACCUCCUGUGUGAGUGUUGGAAAAUGAUUUAACCUUUUUCAGCCUCAGGUUCUCAUCUGUUCAUUCUUCUCAUAGGGAUUUCUGGAUGAGAAAAUGAGAUGUAUUUGUGAAGUGCUUAGAAUCUUACCCUGACGCAAAUAAGAGUUCCUGAGAGUGACUGCUGUCACCAAUACCAGCUAUAUCCCAGUGCCUGCUGAAUGCUUGGAGUUAGGAGGUGCUCAGAGGUAUUUAAAAGGAUAGAUUGAUAGAACUGACAUGACAAGAAGUCUGUGUGCUUUUGGUGAGCUGAUGGGGUUUGUGCUGUGAAAACCCUGCUUGUAAAGAAGACUUGAUUAUGCCCACCUCAUUUUUUACCCUCCCAUGAACGUUGUCAGCCAUUGUUCUGCUUGCAGGCUUUAGGCUCUAGGUCUUUUGUUUGUCCUGAGCUUUGCAGCACUGUUUGGUAACCAGCCCCAGCUCCCUACUUAGUCAGGUAAAGAACUUAGAACCAAAACUGCUCCUAUGACUUUGAUGUUUUCUAAGGCUGUGGGCUGGUACUCAUAUCAGUCUUCAACUCUGAGCUUAAUGAAGUCAAAAGUGAAGAGAUGAAUUCCUUGUUAAACUUAAACCUGCACUGUCCAAUCAAGUGGCCAUUAGCUAAAUGUUGCUUUGCAGCAUUUGAAAUGUGGCAAGUCCAUAUUGAGAUGUUCUAUAAUUAUAAAAUACUGUAAUUAUACUGCUUUUCAAAGAUCUAGUACUGAAAAAAAAUGGAAACUCAAUAAUUUUUUAUAAUGAUUGCAUGUUGAAAUGGUAAUAUUUUGGAUAUAUUGGGUUAAAUAAAAUCAAUUAAAAAUAA